GUGGAUCAGACUUGUAUACGAGUGUCAUGGGGGAGACGUCGUGUGAGAAUACUUGUGUUUCCACUCUUCGUUGGAACUGAGUUUUUACCGGGCUGAACGCACAAGAGCUUCUAUGACGCUAUAUUUUGGGCUGAUGUGCCACGCUUCCGCUGUGAUCUGAAAACAUAGCCUGAUUCUUACUCUCUACGUGGUCCCGUGAACAAAUGGAAAAGACUAAUGCUGCCGAUGGGAAUAAUUCGUUUAUGCAUCGCUGCAUCGACAACUCUGAAUAUAACCAGUAGUUUGCAGUCUCAGCUGAUGUUGCUUUCGCACCUGACGCUGCUUUCUUUGUCUACGUCGCUUCCCCUGUCGAGCACUGGUUCCACCACCACGAGAGUUACUUCAGCUUCCACCUUUACACGGAGAGAAAGUUCGCCAAAAUCUCCCAGUGCGAGGAGUCCAGUCGGUGCAUCCAACGAACACUUGGGGGUGUUGCCUGUAGUGUUCGUGACUCUCGAGCCUGGAUAUAACGAAUUAGCCGAUGAGGAGGAAACGAAAUUUUACCUAGAUAUGUUGUUCCGGCGAUGAUUGUUCUGCAUGAUUGUGGAUUGGUGAGUGCUGUAUUGGUUAACUGAAGAUGGAUUUUAAUCGAAGAUUAG